CCUCCCUUCUCUCUGGACUGCCUGUUCUCCUUGCCGCUGGGCCCCGCCCCUUUCCGGACUCGCCUUCUCGCGCCACGCCCCUUGCAGCAAGGCAGCUCUUCGUGUCCGCGGGAAGUGAACCCCAUGGCAGGAAAAUACAUUGCAUCCACACAGCGUCCAGAUGGUACCUGGAGAAAACAAAGACGGGUGAAAGAAGGCUAUGUUCCCCAAGAAGAAGUGCCAGUGUAUGAGAAUAAAUAUGUGAAGUUCUUUAAAAGCAAGCCAGAAUUACCUCCAGGCUUGAAUCCAGAAGUUCACACACCUGUGGCCCGGCAAACGUCAAAGGGACCUGAGGGUGGCGAGACGGGGCUGUCCAAGACCGCUAAGAGGAAUCUCAAACGGAAGGAGAAGAGAAAACAGCAACAGGAAAAAGGGGAUCAAGAUGCUGAUAACCUGAUUCAGUCUCUAGAGAAAACAACCUUGUCAGCGACACCAAGCAGCUGUGGGGAUGGUAAGCUGGCUGUGUCUGAUGCCAACCCAAGAGCCUCUGCUGGCAGCAGGGAUGUGUCCGCCACUGCCACCUUAGAGAAGAACAAGAAAAUUAAAAAUCUGAAAAAGAAACUACGGCAGGUGGAGGAGCUGCAGGCGCGGAUUGACUCUGGGGAGAUCAAGCAGCCGACCAAAGAGCAGUUAGACAAGCUGGCUCGACGGAAAGCUUUGGAAGAGGAACUUGAGGACCUGGAACUGGAUUUGUAAAGGGUUGGAAUAUCAACUGGACCUACUGUAGUGUGUGUAGGAACAAACCGUCCCCGGGGAAACAUUCUCAGAACGGUGCAACAAAAAGACCAGAAGAUAGUGAUGUCUUCAGCCGUCCCCUUUGUAUCAUUAUUUUAUUUUAUGUUGAUGCUGUCUGAAUUUUUAAAAGUAUUUCUCCCAGCUGUUGAUGUGUUAGCUAUCUAGGACCUCUUUAAGGACAACAGCUUUGCCACCUAGUUCUUUCUAGUUUCUUCCUCCCCUUCCCACCUCCAUUCCUGUUUCAGGUAGGUGACUGAAAUGUUAUUUGGCACAGAGGGGCUGACUUUCAGAGGCACCUGAGCAGGGGGAGCAGUCUGUCUUCCUGUCACUGUAUUAUAUUCAACAUUUUCACGUUCUCUGUAACAGUCACACGGCCUUCCAUCUUCUCUUCCUCCUCAUUUUGGAAAAGGGAUGCAAUAAUAAAAAUUGCAGUAGUGACUUCUGACUCUAGGACAUCUGUGUUUUCCCCCCAAUACACAUUUUUUUAAAAAAGUCUUCUGUAUGAUAUUAGAAAUUUUAUAGGCUUCCCUUUCUUUGGCUGAUGGACGCAGGCAGUGUCAAAAGUGGUUUGUGAUAGAUGUGAAAAAGGCAAAAGGGAGAGUAACUCAGUGAUGGAGAAUAUGUUUUAUACGCAGAUGUUUUGAAGUCUGAUCCCAAUUGUCUUCAGAUUGGAAAAAAAUCUUGAAGCCUUGGGGGGCCACUAUCAAUCAAUCUUAACAAUGUUGAUCUCACUGUGUUCUGGUUUAGCUAAGGCAGCUUCCAGGCUGGGGUUGCAUAACAUGCCACCUGAGGCUAAAAUGGAAUGAUUUGUAAUGCAGCUUGUUCCGAACCUAGACCUUGUCUUACGUUGUGUGAUCCAGACUAUCAAAUUUAAGUAGCCCAAUUUAUUUCCUUAGUUAUAUCUGGACAGCAAAUCUGCUUGACUGCCAAGUGGCAGUAAAAGAUUAAUCUAAUCGUUGCCCUCUAAUCGUUUUCCAGAGUUUUCGCAUCCCAGAUAAAGUCUCCCUGGACAUAGCAAUUGUCUUUGGUUAACUAAGAGCUGGAUGUUUUGUGUGAAUCUGGUCCCCCUGUUUCAUGUAAGGGAUUAUUAGAAAUAGAAUCAAUAAUAAAUAUAUGGAUAUGAUGUGAUCAUCCUCGGUGUAGUGGCCACAGUUCUUAUCACUUUCAUAUAACAGGAAAUUUAAAUUUGGGGAAAAGUGAAAAGAAAGGCAAAAUAAACAGAGGUAUCUUCAAUUUGAAUAAAAGUCCAAGAGUUUCUUAGCCAAGAUAACUAAAUUUUCUCUCUCUCCCUCUCCUCUCUCUCUCAUUUCUGUAUUAGAACAGUGUUCAGCUUAAGACCAAUUCUGAGAAUGGGUUCAUUUAAAACAUAGUGAGGACCAAAUUUUAAGGGAGGAAAUGACCAAUCCUGGGGUGAUCAGAAGCUACACUUAACUUUUGGAGUGAUAGCAAUAAAGUCUACAAAGAAAAGAGCAGUUGUGUAGAAUAUGAAUAACUGUUGUAGACAUGGCCAGGACAAAAAAAAAAUCUGUUUCUUUCUUUUUUCCUUGUGAGAUGUUCUUUGGUGCUGAAACUAUGUUAUUUAUUUAUGUAUUGAUUAAUAUCAUGCCUUUCACCCAACAACUCAAGGUGACACACAACACUCCCUCUUUCUAGUUUUCCUCACAGAUGCCAUUGUGGCUUAAACUGCCAUUUUUUAUAUACCACCUUUCGUGGCAGGAAGCUCAAACUGAGUAACUUAGUUGGAAGAUUUUUUUUUUAAAAAAAAUGUGUGGUUUUAUACACACAGAGAGACAAAGGGUUGAGGCUUCAGAGGACCCUACAGUAUGUGGUAUCUUCCUGGUUUUGGAAAAGAAACUGCAGCUUAAUCAUAUUAUGUCUAGAUAUGCUAAUAUGCUAAAUAUAUUUUCAUCAAUGUCAGAGAUCAGAGAAACUUUCGUGUGUCCAGCUGAAAUGUCUAUUCAGUGUGAGAAAACAAAAUUUAAUUUCAUACUUCUAAUUUAAAUUGAGAGAUAUUUUUCUUUCUGUCCCUUAACUAUGCCUAGCAUGUUGGGCUGAGCAAAGUGCAAUCUCUGACUCAGUCUCUGAGCAAGAAUUGAGGCUUUCCAGGUACCACUGGGUUACACUGAAAUUGCCAAAGGCAGAAGAUGGGAAAGGAGCAAAGGAAUUAAAAAAACUUAGGCUAAAGUUUCAGCCAUGAAAUCAGCGCUGUAGUUCAAAGUUAGUGUCAAGAAAUAGUGUGUACACUGAAUGCCUUUUGUUAGUGGAAGGUAACAUUGGUGUCAGAUUGCACCUCCUGUUCAGGAAGGGGGGGAGCAGCAGCUGCUCCUACAAUUGUGUGAAAACAAAGGAUAUUAACAUUGGCCAAUGCUGGAUUAGGGGUUUUGUUACUUUUGUCCAGCAGGUGGUGCUAAAAGGGCAAUUUUGUAUGCUUAGCUACUUCAUAUACAGUACAUAUACAUACAUACAUACAUACAUACAUACAUACAUACAUACAUAUAAUUUUGUUCUUGAAGCCACGACUUCACACACAUGCUAAUAUGCCUUUAGAUCAGGGGCAUCCAAGCUUUGCAACUUUCAGACCUGGCUGGCUGGGGAAUCCUGGGAGUUGAAGUCCAAGGAUCUGAAAGUUGCAAAGCUUGGAUACCUCUGCUUUAGAUGGACUAGCAAAAACACAUCCCCCAGGGUAGUAUGCGCGUGCACACACACACACACACACACACACACACACAACCCCUAUAUUGAAAUAUUUAUAGGUCCCUUUUUAGGCCAACAUGCCUGGCUAAGGCAUUCAUAUAUAACUAACCCAGAUCCCAUCCCAGACUGAUUUUCUCAUAUUCCUCUAAUCCAGGGGUGUCAAACUCACAACAUCACAUGAUGUGUCAUGACAUAUCGCGACUUUUUUGCCAUUGCUGGCAAUGGGGUGGGCGCAGUUUCGCCAUGACACAUCUGCCCCCCGGGCUGGCAGUUUGACACCCCUGCUCUAAUCCUUAGAUGCAGGUCACUGAGCUCAUGGCUGAGAGUAAAAGAAUAACUGCAUCACUUGGAAAACUAAUUUUGCUUUCCAGGGAGCUACUCAUUGGACAAAUGAGGACUCAGGAUAGUACUGCCUCUACUAGGAUGUGGUCCUGCCUCUACUAGGGAGGAUGUGAGGAACAGGACCCCUUCUAGCAAGCAUGGGUUCCAACUAUCAUCCAACUAUUGUAGCCAAUAGUCAGGAACAUCACUUCUUGUGGUGAAAAUGAAAUGGAGAAAACCACAUGGUUCCCAAAUAUCCUUUAUCUGCUGUUUACCCAGCUGUCUUUUUGUUUUACACAGAAAGAUUAAAGGAUCACCUGGACAAGCUUAGGGAGACAUCAAAAACACAGCUGCUGCUGUUGUUACCCUCCCAUUGUUUCCCUCACGACAAGGUUUGUACCUUUCUCUAAUUUGUACUACGGUAGGAGCAGAAGGUGGCUGAUAGGUUUGGUGAAAUGCAUGUUAAUGAAAACUGUAGUCCCUCCUAGACGAAUUGUCCAGGAAUCGUCCUGGUGAUUAUUCUUCCAAUUCUGUGAUCUAUUUUCCUUGGUCUCUGAUGAACUCUAUUUUCCUUUACCUCGACUGUGCUCCUUGCUAAGUAAUUUUAAACAUAGGGUAACUUUUGAAUGUUCCCCUUGUGGUUUUUAACCUUUCUUUCAAGAAGCUCACUAUCCUUUUGACUUGGAGUCCUUUGUGGCAGGGGGGUGGGUGAGUCAAAAUUCUGUAACUCAAAAGCACAAGUUGACAGGCUUACAGAUUCUGGUUGAAAAAAUAAAGUCAAGUCUUGCAACCUGAAGAAGUUUA